CAAAAGCACAGCUCCGGGCUCCAGCGACCGCCUGUUUCGUGGUUGCCAAGGCAACACUAACAGUCCCAAAACUUGAGACCGCGCAGGGGGGAAGCGAGGACGUUUUACUCGGGCAUUGAAAAUGUGUUUCUGAGUCAACUAAAGCAAGAAAUUACCUCGCCUUUUUUAUUAUAUACACAUCCUCUUCUUAGUAUAUUCACUGUUUCGGUCCGUUCCGCCACCAUGACUCAGCGGCAGGUUUUACAAGUUUUCGAGCACUACCAGCAGUCGAGGCUGCAGUUCGUGCAGACUGUGGCUGACCUCGCCACUCGACCGCAGAAUAUAGAAACCCUUCAAAACGCAGGUGUGAUGACCUUGCUGCGGCCACUUCUGUUGGACUCGGUUCCCAACGUCCAGCAGACGGCGGCGCUGGCAUUGGGCCGCUUGGCCAAUCACAGCGACGACCUGGCCGAGGCCGUGGUGCAGGGAGACAUCCUCCCUCAGCUGGUUCACUCCCUGGCCUCUCAGAAUCGGUUUUACAAGAAGGCAGCAGCCUUCGUGCUCCGGGCCGUGGCCAAGCACUCCCCCGGGCUGGCCCUGGCCGUGGUGGCCUGUGGCGGGGUGGACGCCCUGGUGCUCUCCCUGGAGGAGUUCGACCCCGGGGUGAAGGAGGCGGCGGCCUGGGCCCUGGGGUACGUCGCCCGGCACAACGAACAGCUGUCCCAGUGCGUGGUGGAGGCCGGGGCCGUCCCCCUGCUGGUGCUCUGCCUCCAGGAGCCCGAGAUGGCCCUCAAGCGCAUCUCGGCCUCGGCCCUCAGCGACAUCGCCAAGCACACCACGGAGCUGGCUCACAGCGUGGUGGACAACGGCGCCAUCGCCCACCUGGCCCAGAUGAUCCUCAACCCGGACGCCAAGCUCAAGAGGCAUGUGCUGUCCGCCCUGAGCCAGAUCAGCAAGCACUCUGUGGGGCUGGCGGAGCUGGUGGUGGAGGCGGAGGUGUUCCCGGCCGCGCUGGCCUGCCUGCGGGACCCCGACGACUACGUCAGGAAGAACGUCACCACGCUCAUGAGGGAGGUGGUCAAGCACACGCCCGAGCUGGCCCAGUUCAUCGUGAACUGUGGCGGCAUGGCGGCGGUGGUGGACUACCUGGGCGACAGCAGCGGGAACGUGCGCCUGCCCGGGAUCAUGAUGCUGGGAUACGUGGCCGCACACACUGAGAACCUGGCCAUGGCCGUCAUCGUGGCCAAGGGGGUGCCGCAGCUGGCCCUGUGUCUGUCGGAGGAGCGGGAGGACCACAUGAGGGCGGCGGCGGCCUGGGCCCUGGGGCAGAUCGGGCGCCACACGCCGGAGCACGCCCGGGCGGUGGCGGCGGCCAGCCUGCUGCCCGCGCUGCUGCAGCUGUACCUGGACGCCAACAGCUCCGAGGACCUGCAGGUCAAGUGUAAGAAGGCCCUGAAGAGCGUGCUGCAGAAGUGCACCCACCUGCCCGCCCUGGAGCCCCUCCUCUACGAGGCCCCGAGCAACAUCCUCAAGCACGUGCUCUGCCAGUUCAGCAAGGUGCUGCCCCACGACAGCAAGGCGCGGCGUCUGUUCGUGACGAGCGGCGGUCUGAAGAAGAUGCAGGAGAUGGACGCGGAGCCCGGGUCGGCCAUGCAGGAGUACAUCAUGGUCAUCAACAACUGCUACCCCGAGGAGAUCGUCAGGUUCUACUCACCAGGCUACUCGGAAGUCCUAUUGGAGCGGGCGGAGAAGUUCUUGCCAGGGUGAAUGAACCCUCCUUCCACCGCACAAAGUGAUUUACGCUUUAGAUUUAAGUGCCGGUCUCUACGGUGAAUUAAACAUUUUAUCAUCCAGAUUUUCGUACUCUGAGUAUUGUCUUUGUCGCCAAAUGAUUUCAUUUUUUUAAUUUUAGAUAGGACUAGGCACCAGACAUGGAAAUGUGAGACGUUUGUUAAAAUGCAAAGACUUCUUAUGAUUGUCCAUCAAUGUUUAGGUCCCUUUUUUAUUAUAAAAUGCAGAGAACCUGUUAUUUUAUUUACUAUGCAUGUAAUUCAAUUAAACCAAUUUAAAAUGCAAAAGAAGUGCAGUCAUUGAGGUUCAGCUCCUUAAUCUUGGGGGGAUUUGUUUUGCUAUGUUAUGUUGUUCACAUCAAGGCCAGUAAAAAACAUCAACCAUCAAAUGGAAGUAUAAAAUGUUUCUUACAGUUAAACAAGUCAAAGUCCCGUCUUCCACCAUUGAUAACAGGCAUUCCUUCCUACUUCUUUAAUAGGUCCAUGAUACCUACCACACAUGCAACCAUUUUUGUGAUUUCCCGGUGUAGUCUGCCCUCUGGCGGCCAUUUUCCUAAAAAGUAUCAGGUUUCUUUUUAUUUUGCAACAGCUGCGUCGCACAUGACGACGUCUUUGUUGGUUUUCUGCAAAACAAGCUAUAACAGAUUUAAAAAAAAAUCUAAUCCAAUUUUUUCAUACUCUACGUCAUGGUCUAGUUCAUCGUGUGGUAGCCUACCUCUGCGCUGAUUUUUAAGUUGAUGUAGCAUCUUUUAAUAAUUUGAUGUUAAAUAAAUAACUUAUACGCAA